AGGUGCAGAAGAUGAUGUGAACCGUUUCUCCGGCAACGACACACACACGGAUUUUUUCCGAUUGGUUUUGCGAGAUGGAGAGUCACUACUCGUCGGUGGAAGAAAUGUUGUAUAUAACCUGACGUUUGCUGAACUUACAGAACAACAAAGGCUGAUAUGGUAUUCCAAUGAACAUGAUGCCAAAAUGUGUGUAAUGAAAGGAAAAGAUGAAGAAAACUGCCAAAAUUACAUCCGCAUAAUGGCGAAAACUGCCCAGGGUCGUUUGUUACUUUGCGGAACCAACGCUUUCAAACCUAUUUGCCGUGAAUACAACGUCCUUAGCAGGAAUUACACCGUUGAAAAAGAAAAACCGGGUCAAGCGGUGUGCCCUUACGAUCCACACCAUAACUCAACGGCGAUUUAUGUGGAUGGCGACCUCUAUACGGGCACUGUGGCCGAUUUCAGCGGAAUGGACCCUAUAAUCUAUAGGGAACCUUUGCAGACUGAACAAUACGACUCGAUGAGUCUAAACGCCCCUGACUUUGUCGGAUCCAUGACCCAAGGGGACUUUGUUUACUUUUUCUUUAGAGAAACUGCUGUGGAGUAUAUCAAUUGUGGAAAGGCAGUGUACUCCCGGGUGGCUCGCGUCUGCAAAAACGACAGAGGAGGUCCGCAUAGAUUCAGGAACCGGUGGACGUCCUUCUUGAAAUCCCGACUAAACUGUUCGGUCACCGGGGAAUUUCCGUUCUACUUUAACGAAAUACAAUCAACUACCGAACUUAUCGAUGGAAAAUACGGCGACGUAUCCGCUCAGCUUAUCUACGGCACCUUUACUUCACCUCCAAACAGUAUAUCUGGAAGUGCAGUGUGUGCUUUCAGUCUCCAAGACAUUACCGACACUUUCGAGGGUAAUUUCAAAGAACAAGCAGCUCUUAAUACCAACUGGCUACCGGUAGUUAGCAAUAAAGUACCAGAUCCACGUCCAGGGCAGUGCCACAACGACAGCAGGACUUUGCCAGAUUUGACAUUGAAUUUUAUUAAGACGCACUCGCUUAUGGAUGAGAGUGUACCGAGCUUUUUUGGUCAGCCUAUUGUUAUCAGGACUAGUUUUCACUACCGAUUUACACAGAUUGCAGUAGAUCCGCAAGUGAAAGUUCCUGGAGGAAAAACUUAUGAUGUACUUUUUAUAGGAACAGAUAACGGUAAAAUAAUAAAAGCAGUUAAUGGCCUUUCGGCCGAGACGCGCCAUGGAGUCCGGACCGUCGUUGUGGAAGAAAUCCAAGUAUUUCCUGUCCACGUUCCGGUACGGGGUAUAAAAAAAAUGAAAAGCGGCCAAAAAGGAGAAGGAAGAUUAAUCGUUGUCUCUGAUACCGAAGUGCAAUCUUUGAGGCUGCACAGAUGUGAUAGCAACAAAAUAUCCAGCUGCAGUGAAUGCGUAGCUCUACAAGAUCCCUACUGCGCCUGGGACAAAGUACAAGGCAAAUGUCGUUCCAAAGGCAUAGGCAGAUGGGGUGAAGAAAGCUAUUUCUUUCAAAGCGUAGCCACUGGCGAGCAUGUAGCCUGCCCACCGCUGAAAAGCAAAGAUGCUGGGUACGUUGGCGGUUUGAGCUCGAACCAACCUAAAUUCAAUGAACAUAUGCCCAACAAGGACCUUCCCGAUGGACAAGUUAUAAAUAUUAUACAGGACAAACCCUACGAAAAUACAGGGCCUUCUGUGACAGCUACAGAUGCUCUUCCAAAUCAAUACUCAGUUGAAACUCUAAUCAUGGCUGUGGUAGCUGGUGCUGUUACUGCUCUAGUUGUAGGCUUCAUUGCUGGCUAUUUAUGCGGCAGAAAAUGUCAUAAGGACGAAGACGACAAUCUUCCUUAUCCUGAUACAGAGUAUGAAUACUUUGAGCAACGGCAGAAUAUGAACAGUGUUCCGUUUUCCAGUCGGAUUACUGCCGAGCCCAAACUUCUACCUCAGGAGGAAGUGACAUACGCCGAACCAGUGCUAGUGCCACAGCCACCACCCAAAAACUAUUCUCCUAAGAGUACCCUGAGGAAGGGGCCGCAUCAAAACAAUGCGGAAACAUUGUUCCAGUUUCAAGCGGACGGCGGGUAUAAUGGCAGAGACAAUUUUAGAGGCCGGGAUAAUUUUGGAACUUUAAGAUCGCAUCAGGGCGAUCAGUUUCGUCGACCCGACGGCUUCGCAACCACUCGGAGCGUUAAGAAAGUUUACCUCUGAGAAAACAGCGAGGAUGGCGCCGGAGGUAGGCGCAACCAUGCCCAUCGGCAAGGCCAUAGCGCAUUGCCCACCAGCGGUGGCUCGUCAAGCAGCCCCUCCCCGCCUUCCUCGUCACCCAGUCCAACACCUCCACAUACUGCCUCUUUCAUUUAUCGCGCUUAGCCCAAACAGCAUCAGCACUUUCUGGGACUAAGUAGGAACUAUUGGAGGUUGUAUUAGAUCAUCUGCCCUGAGUCUGAAGGUCAGAUCGGAGUGUGAAACGUAUUGUAGACUAUUAUGAAAUUAAGAAUAGUUUAAUUAGAGUGAUUUGAUUGUUGCUAUUGAAGAAAGAUUAUCUAUUGGCAAUAAUAUAGGACAAAUUAGUAGAUAUUAAAUAUUGUGCCAUUUAUUUGCUUUUAAUGAGCAAUGAUAUAAACUUUCCAAAAAUGGUAAUCUUUUUUUAAAAUUGUUUAACUUUAUUGCUAAUAGAGCCAUCAACUUGUGACUAAUUUGUCCAAAAAAAUUAACUCUUUUUCAUAUACCUUGUCUUCCAAUGAAAUCUUUAUAAAGACGUUAUGCUCUGUGGUAAAACAACAAUUAUAUUUGGUCGCAAAUUGGGGUAGAAACUGCAAUAAUAGUUUUAUUAUUUUUUGAAGGUUUAUAAAAAAAAGUAAAAUUUUCAAUUACCAGAGUUCAGAAGUGUAGAAAAAGUAUUUCAUCGAAAAUGUCAGUUUUUACACAUUUGCUUUGAACUAUAACUCACUUUUAUUUUCACUAGACCCUUGGACAUCAAAACGACUGUUUUUCAAAUACUUAUCGCUUUCGUAGAUGCCAAUUCAGUUAUAGUAAAAACAAAUAAGAAAGAAAUUGGGCUAGAAUUCGCUGUAGAAUACUACCCAUCAAAUUUGUUUUUCGGUUUUCGAUAUGAGUCGAUGUUUUUGAAAACUUUACCAGCUGGUCGAUAAUUCCUCGAAUAAAUCUAUUAUUGUUUUCCAUACUCAAUAGCAACAAAAUGUCCUUUAAAUAUAAUGGUGAAAUAACUUAAAAGUGACUUUUUAAAAACCAGUAAAGUAGGCUAUAGAUUUAGAAUAAUUUUCAAAUUUCAAGAUAAAAAAGAUAUAUAGGUCAGAAGGUGCAUAGGAUUAGGUUUUAGUAACUUUUUGGCAAAAAAAAUGAUCUUUUGUUGACGCUUAAACAUUGAGUCGUAUCAACAUUAGAUCAACGCGGAAGCGUAAUAAAUAAAAAAAAAAGUAUAUAAAAAAGUUAGUUUUUUGGGUCUGCUCUAGGUGAACACCCAAAUAACGUAAUCUCGAAUGAUUAAUAAGUGCUUCUUAUUGAUGUGUUAGAUAAGGAUACCACGUAAAAAAUAGAUUGUUAUAAUUUAGCGACAAUUGUGAUUAGACUGUAUUUGUGAAAUAUUUCUUUAAAUGUGUUUCGACUGUUUAUAUUAUUUGUUAAUAAUAAUUAACGUUUUUCAUGGUCAAAUAUAAAGCCCAUCUAAUUAAUCUACUGUAAGUAUAUCAAAUUUUUCAUAUUUUUUCAAGAAGAAACUCUCAAGUGAAUGUUGGCAUUAUUGUAUUUUUGUUAGAAAAAUUCAGUUUGUAUUUAAUUUUUCAUUUUCUGGUUUUAUUCAUUUGUGCUGGUGCAUCUAGAAUUUGUAUAAGACUGAGGAAAAGAUACAUACUUCAAUAAUGAAGUCCACUUUUUAGCAUUUUUAUUUGCGUUUUGGCAUAAAAUAGUACACAAAUUUUCCUAUUUGAAAAUUAGCUCAAAAUUAUACAGAUACUUUAUUCAGUAAUCACCUUUCCCAAAGAAUUGAAGACUGUUUCAAAUAAUAAUACCUAAUAUAUUUUUUUUUUUGGUUUUCUGAUUUUUUUACUCACAUAGCACCUAAUAUAAAAAGUAAUAUAUAUUUAGCCAUAUAGAUGCUUCCAUGUAUAAAUAGAUCCAUUUCGUUCCAAAGUUUGUGACCUUUUUGUAGAAAGAAAUCUUUAUGCGGCAAAUCUUGUUGAUGUUAAUUUGAUUAUCUGAGAUCUCCAUGAAUAGUCCAUACCAAAUACUUAUUCUUGUUCAUUUUUUUUAUAUAUUAUUUUAUUUUAAUUUUUUGGUAAUAUGCUUUUUUAUUAGCGGGAUGUGAUUUGUAUUGAUAUUAAUUUGUAAUUGAACAAAUUGUAAAUAAUUGAAACCAUUUAUGAUUUUUCAUUAUUCUAUUUUUGUUAUUAUGUAAUUCAAAAUGUGGUGUUUGUUAAUGUGUAUGCAUAGUCAUACAUGUCUUUAAUAAUUUGCAAUAAAUUAAAAGGUGAUUUAUUUUGCAAAUUAUUUAUCAUUUCAAAAUUCUACUUCUAUUCCAUACAUUUGUCUGGAAAAAAUAAUAAUUAAGAUCUAAAUAUUGUACAAAAUUUUGUAGAUAAUAUUUUAAAAAUAUUAGUUUUGUAGUUUUUAUUAAUAUAUCUAUAGAACUAGUCAAGUCAAAAUAUUUUAAUAAUAUCUAAUAUUAUCACACACAAAGUUGAUGACAUUUUUUACGUAGGUUUCUCAAUACAUGAGAUUGAAGAAUAUUCAAACUAUUUUUUCUCCUUCCCAGGUAUAUACCUACUAUUUAAUAAUUUAAUUUAACAAAAAAAAGUGAUCAAAAUAUAUAUGAUGAUGGCAAAACAUCACAAUUACUUUGAUCUGAACUUUUUUAUAAAACAUUAUAAGUACAUACCUACCUAAUAUAAAAACUAAUAUCUUGCUUCAUAUGGUAAAAACAAAGUAAUACUUCGCAUAAGCAAAUAAUGCAUUAUUAAUUGAUUUUAUAUCGAGCAUAAUUUUUUGUAACUAAGAUUAGAAGGCGACAUUUUCAAAACUUUUAUCCAUUACAAAAAAAACUACUUAUAUCGAAAAUUAGAUGAAACUAUUUAUAUUUCUGUAGUCUAUAGUGAUUGUCAAGAAUUUAAUUCAAUUAGGAUUUUAACUGUUCUGAAACCUAUAUCGACCCUUUUCUUUCUAUUGAGUGCAACAAUAAGAAAUUGCAAUAAGUAUCUAAGUUUAGGGUUAGUUUUGGUUAGUUAGGUGUUUAUUGUUAAAAAAAUUGUUGAUUUCAUUAUUCCUAAAUGCAUCAAUUGCUUGCAAAAAAAAAAAACGCGUAUUUGGAGUUUUGAACAAUUUUGAUAAAUAGUGUCAAGGACAAUUUUUAGUAAAAACACUCAAAAGUUUAAUUAAUGCCCCACAACACUGCCAUUACUUGCAUAUCAAACUAUAGUGUAGGGUCUAUCAGCAAGUAAUGUCGUUUUUGAUUUAUAAGUUUCUAUACGGAAUUAGGGUUCCUGAACAUUUCAACUCAACCAUAUCAUAAAAGUGGCAAACUACAAGCUUCUGCUCUUGAACUGAAGUAAACUUUUUGAACAUCAUAUUUGCAAUAGAUUCGAAAAUUCUUGAUGAUCACUUAAAAUCUACAUAUUAGUUUUUAAGGAUUUGCAAAAUGAAUAUUUAAUGUACUGAUUCCAGUGUAGCUAAACACUGGAUGUUUGCCUAAUAAAGCCUUUAGCAUAUUAUAAUACAUCGUUAAGACAUGCAGUUACAUAUUUAUAAUUAAAAAAAAAAAAAACAUUCCAUAUAAAAAUUAAGAAACAAGAUUUAGAUAUUAUUAUCUUGGAAUAAUAAUUAUUAUUAAAAGAAAAUUGUCAAUAUAUCUUAGAAUAUGUUUGAAAUAAUGAAAAACAAAAAAAAUAUUAACAAUUCUAAAUAUAGUUUUUAAAAACAAACAGUGCUGCGAUUGUUAGAUGUAAUAAAUAAAAAUAAGCCUUUCGCAGAAUGUAUGAUAUAUUUAAUUAUUUUAAAAAUAUGAAAUAAAAAUACAAUUUGUCCAAAAUUGAUUUUUUAUACCGUUUAAUCACUGUUUGUAUAGAUGGCGGGCGCCUAAAUUGCAUUAGUUUGACUUCUAAGAAGUACAUAAAGAAUAUAUUAUACAUAAUAUUUAUAUAUAGUGAGGCUUUUGUAAUUUUUGGUUUUAAUUGAUAACUAUUGUAUAUCAUAAUAAUUGUAUAUUUCAUCAUUUGGACAAAAUGUAUGGAAAACCAUUUAUAAUAUUGAAUUUAGAAAACAGUAUGUAUUCUUUAAAUAGAAAUAAAAAAUCUAUAUAAUUAAUUUGUUUAUUGUUUCAUUUCACUAGAC